AUGGAGUUUCGGGUUCGUCUGGGUGCAAGUGGGCCUCAGUGCGGACCGGUGUGGACUUGUCUGGGUGCAAGUGGGCCUCAGUACAAGUUGUUUGUGUGUUUGGAUGAUGAGUUAGGAGUGAAAUUCUUGGAACGUGCUUAUGACAUAAGAUUGACGUUGUCUCGGGGAUCAGGUGAGGAUCUCCAGUGUUGCGGCCUUGCGAGGUCGGGUUUUGUGGUCUUUGUGACGUUUGUUGGGAUUCGAGGUCGAAUCCAGUUUAGUGGGGGAGAGUUGUAA